AUGCAUCCACUCUUCACCAGAGCGUCGUACAACACGUCGUCAGAAAGCUGCGAGAAAGGGUCCAGGUUCAGACGCACGGUUCCCCGGAACAACACAGGGUCCUGCGGGAUGAUCGACAGCUUCGACCGCAGCUCGUGCAACCCGAUCUCCUGGAUAUUCACUCCAUCGAUCUCAAUCGCGCCCUCCGGCUCGCUAAGUCGGUACAAGGCCGUCAUGAUGGUGGACUUUCCUGCUCCCGUACGGCCACAGAUACCGAUCUUCUCCGACGGCUGGAUCUCGAUUGUGAGGUCCCGCAAAACAAGCGGCAAGAGUGGCCGGUAUCUCAAGUUAACGUGGUCAAACUUGAUGGCUCCCUUUUCAGGCCACGAAGCUGGCGGUUUCUUGCUUGGCUCUGAACUGAAUGCUGGGGCUUCUUGUGGCAUAUCGAUGGCAUAUUCACCAACACGCUCCACACUGUUCAUAUUCUGUUCCAGCUGGCCCAUAGACCGCGACGUGGUGAUCAAUUGCAUACUCACACUCACCAGGUACGAGAUGAUCAGACCUGAGCCUGCGGCACUGAUCUUGAACACACGGCCCACACACAUCAUGGAGAUGAGCAGGUUGAUGAACACGGCACAUCCGUGCAGCGAAAUGGCCAACCAUCUUUGCAAAGAGUCGGUCAGGAAGUACGACUCGUUCAUGGAGUUGAUCAAUUUUAUGUUUUUGCGCAGGUACCGGUCCACACAGUCGUAA